ACGCAUUACGAAAAGGAGGGAGAGAUAGAAGAGCAUACAAAAACCCUCUUUACUCUUUUCUCUUCUUCUCAUCCUUCUAGGGUUUUAGCUUCAUCCUCUUCGUUCUCUUUCUCUCGUAUCCGCAAUGAGCAACGACAGAGACACCUUCAACAUUUCUGAUCUCACCUCUGCUCUCAAUGAGGAGAACAAAGCAGACCUUGUCAAUGCUCUCAAGAGCAAGAUUCAAAGUCUUGCUGGGCAGCACUCUGAUAUUCUAGAGUCCCUUUCACCAGUUGUCAGAAAGAGAGUUGACAUUCUCAGAGAGAUCCAGGGUCAACAUGAUGAAUUAGAGGCAAGUUUUUUUGAGGAGAGAGCAGCACUUGAGGCAAAAUACCAAAAGCUGUAUCAACCUCUUUACAGCAAGCGCUAUGACAUUGUCACUGGUGUUGCGGAAGUUGAAGGAGUGGAAAAGGAAACCUCCCCUGAUACAGAAGAGAGUAAAGAGAAAGGAGUGCCUGACUUUUGGCUCACUGCAAUGAAGAAUAAUGAAGUGUUAGCUGAGGAGAUUUCGGAGCGUGAUGAAGCUGCUCUCAAGUAUCUCAAAGAUAUCAAGUGGUUCAGGGUAGAAGACCCGAAAGGAUUCAAGCUUGAGUUUUACUUUGAUACCAAUCCUUAUUUCACAAAUACUGUCUUGACUAAAACAUACCACAUGAUUGAUGAGGAUGAACCUAUAUUGGAGAAGGCAAUUGGGACCGACAUUCAAUGGCACCCAGGCAAAUGUUUGACACAGAAGAUUCUUAAGAAAAAACCUAAGAAAGGUUCAAAGAAUGCUAAGCCAAUUACCAAAACUGAAGACUGUGAAAGUUUCUUCAAUUUUUUCAGUCCACCACAAGUUCCUGAAGAAGAUGAAGACAUCGAUGAAGAUAUGGCUGAGGAACUUCAGAAUCAGAUGGAGCAAGACUAUGAUAUUGGGUCGACAAUAAAAGACAAGAUAAUUCCCCAUGCUGUAUCAUGGUUUACUGGGGAGGCCAAUCAGGGAGAGGAGUUUGGAGAAUUGGAUGAGGAUGAAGAUGACGAUGAUGAUGAUGAAGAGGAGGACGAUGAAGAAGAUGAGGAUGAUGAUGAGGAGGAUGAGGAAGAUGAGGAAGAAAGCAAGCCUAAAACGGAGUCAUCUGCACAUAAGAAGGGUGGAAGAGCUCAGCUUGGUGAUGGUCCUCAGGGUGAGCGACCUCCAGAGUGCAAGCAGCAGUAGAAGUUCAUUAACGCAGAGGGUGAACCAUGCAAUUGAGUUUCAUUUGUGUUGGAGAAUGUCUGAAGAGAAAGUGGGAUUCAUGUGGUUUUUGUUUGCUCAAUUCAAUUUUUUUUACCAAAAUCUUAGUAGUCUAAAAUUUAAAUCCCUUUUCUCCUAUUUUGCGCCAGUUUGGGGAGAAUGUCGUUAUUUAUAUAGGUAGGAUGCUGUGUUUGCCAUUUUGCUUGAAUUUGUAUGUGGUCUCGUAUACUUGAAAUAUAUAUUUGGUGGUGCCUCUUCACUUGGUGCUUUCUCAUUGCUGUUAUCGGCUUCAUCAAAGCUGUCCUAUUAAGAAAUCACGGAUCAGCUUUGUUUUGUAAGUCUAUUAAAUUAAAUUUGAAGUAUUUAAGCGAAUUGACAUUAAUUCUUUAA